GCUGCUGCUGCUGCUGGUGGUGAUAAUGACAAGAGCUGCGACAGACACACACACACCUCUCUCUCUCACACACACUCACACCUUCCUUGGGAGACGCAGCGUCUUGGAAGCGACUUUAAAGCGGAGCGGAGCAGAAACCAGAGCAGCGUCCUCCGCUGUGAGCUUUGACUCUGUCCUGCUUUGUUUUCAUCUUUUUAUCCAGUGACAGCCCGGGCUCUCGCUCCGUCUCUUCAGUACGAAGCAGACUUUUGUCAAACAAUAGGAGUUAGUCGAAAGUGUGGCCAUAUUUUUUGGUACAGGUGCAGAAAACCUCAGGUGGAUGUGGUCGCGAUGGAGUUGAAGAAAACGUAACCACGCUGAAGUCUCCCUGAUUCAAGCCGUCGUUAAGGUAACUGGGAAGUUGAAAAAAAAAACUAAAAAAAAAACUAAAAGGCUUCAUUGACCGCUGGGAUGUUGUGAAACCAAGCGUCUGUCUGUGGGACAGAAGGAGCAGAAGGAACAGCAGGGAACCCGGGAACCUGGACGCGCAGCCGGAGAGAAAGACGCAGGGAUUAUGGCUCUGACUACGGUUCUGCUCAGCCUCACCACACUGGCGUUUACCAACCUACACCUGUCGAGAGCCAGCAACCGGCAUGCGGUGUACUGGAACAGCUCCAACAUACUGCUGCGACGUGAGGGCUACACCGUGCAGGUCAGUGUGAACGACUACCUGGACAUCUACUGCCCACACUACAACACCACCCAGAGGGGAACGUUAGACCGCGCCGUGGCCGAGCAGUACAUCCUCUACAUGGUCAGCUACCGCGGCUACCGAACCUGUGACCCCCAGAUGGGCUUCAAACGCUGGGAGUGCAACCGGCCCCACGCACCCCACGCCCCCAUCAAGUUCUCGGAGAAGUUCCAGCGCUACAGCGCUUUCUCGCUGGGCUACGAGUUCAACGUGGGCCAGGAGUACUACUAUAUCUCCACCCCCACCCACCACCACGGCCACAGCUGCCUGAGACUGCGCGUCUACGUCUGCUGCUCCACGGUGUCCCAGGCGGACGAGGACUCCAGUCAGACUUCACCUGACUACACCGUCAGGCCAAACAUCAAGAUACACAACCUCGACGAGUUUAACCCCGAAGUUCCCAAACUGGAGAAAAGUGUCAGCGGCAGCAGCCCAACGCGUGACCGCCUCCUUCUCACGGUGGCGAUGCUGCUCGUCUCCAUCGUGCUGCUCUCCUAGCGACUGCCGCGGACUGUGACACUCGAUGCAUCGAUGGACGGCCUUGUCAAAAGGGCUUUGGAAUCAAGUUUUUUUUUUUUUGGAUGUGAGAGUGGACAGAAAUGAGGACGAGGAAAAAGGAAAAGUACGAUUCUCUGAGAACAUAAAAGGUAGAGGCCUUUUUUUCACCACAUGCAUUCUGACUCUGUACCUGGGCGGCAUUAUCAUAUGAAUGGCGCAGCAUUUUCAUGAAGACCUGUUUGUUUGCCACCAACCUGGAGACCACGGCCAAUAUUCACACACACACAAUUAAAUGCUGCCCUGGUGCCUGGAGCUGGACGCAGACCACAACCACCAUUUUUGUAGCAUAGAUGGAUUUCAAAUCACCUGAGGAGUUUAUGAAGGGGCCGAGUUUAAAAGGAGCCCCGAGGUAGAGAAGCCAGCUUUUAUGUGUGAAGGAACAGGCUGGACUCUGGAGACGGUGAUGAUCUCACCGGGCUGAGACAGGAUGUUCAUAAAAGAGGAGAGAGGAAAAAAAGAAGUAGUGAGUGAUGAAAACUGCCACCACAGUCCUGGACGUUGAGGAAUGUUUUCAGGCCGAAGUAAUAGAGGUGCUGAUAAUAAAAAGCCUGAAGGUGUUUCUACAGAAGAGAAGAAGGAAAGACUUUUUCUGGGUGAAGAUAUCCACAGACCUUUCAAGAAUCCAUUUUCUGCAGAUGUUAAAAGUACCCGUGGCUUUGUGAUAGGUGCCGACGCGACGCCUGCGUUUCUUAGGAGAUAGCGAGUAUCAUCCAAGGACUAGUCCGUUGUCUGCAGUUCUUGCCUUCACACAAAAGCCCUGUAGAAAAGUACAGACCCUGGACUAGUCAUUUGAUGGCACUUAGAUGUGGUAGAUGUGCUAGAAGUGUGUUUUGUUCCGAUGAUGCUUUUUACCCGCAGCACUCGCCGUAGAUUCUACAGAUGUCGACUCUUUCUCCUUGACAGUCAUUGAGUGUACCACUAAUUUUCCAGCCUCUCCCGGUAGCAGGAC